AUGUCUGUCGUCGGAAUUGAUUUCGGCAACCUCAACACAGUAGUUGCUGUUGCUCGUAAUCGUGGUAUCGAUGUCAUCACCAAUGAAACCUCAAACAGAGCAACCCCCUCGCUCGUGUCCUUUGGAGAAAAACAACGUUUUCUUGGAGAGGCUGCCAAGACCCAAGAGGUUUCCAGCUUUAAAAACACUGUUGGUGGCUUAAAGCGUGUUGCUGGUCGCCCCUUUAGUGAUCCCGAAGUCAUGGCCAAGGAAAAACGUUUUAUUAACUCCAACAUUGUCGAGGGCGAAAGCGGCGAUGCUGCUGCAUCCGUCAUGUUUCAAAAUGAGGUCCAGACCUUUUCUUUUGCCCAAAUUGCAUCCAUGUUUUUAGUUCGAGUUAGAGAAUUCACCAGUGCUGAGAUCAAGGCUCCCGUCACAGACUGUGUCAUUUCCUGCCCCACAUGGUUCACAGAUGCCCAGCGUCGUGCGCUUAUUGCCUCUGCUGAGAUUGCUGGCUUGAAUUGCUUGAAACUCAUGAAUGACACUACUGCUGCCGCGCUUGGUUAUGGUAUUACCAAGACUGAUCUUCCUGAUCCCGUAGAUCCCAAAGUGAAGCCUCGUGUCGUAGUUUUUGUUGAUCUUGGUCAUUCUUCGUACCAGGUCGCUGUUGUCUCUUUGGUCAAGGGCAAACUCAUUAUCAAAGGAACUGCUUGGGAUCGUAAUCUUGGUGGCCGUGACAUUGACGAUGCCAUCACCAACCACUUUAUCAAAGAGUUUGAUGCCAAAUACAAGAUGGACAUCAACUCUAAUGCCAAGGCUGUAUUCCGUCUACGCCAAGGAGCUGAGCGUGCCAAGAAGAUCCUUAGUGCCAAUGCCGUAACCACCCUCAAUGUCGAAUGCCUUUUAGACGAUAAAGACGUGUCUGGGCAUAUUAAGCGUGCUGAAUUUGAAGAAUGGAUUUCUCCACUUGUUCAGCGUUUGAUUCCUCCUCUUCAGGCUGCUCUAGAUGCUGCUGGUGUGACUCCCGAUGAGGUUGACUUUGUCGAACUAGUCGGUGGCAGCACUCGUGUUCCACUUGUAAAGGAGACUCUUGCCAAAUUCUUUGGUGGGUCACUCGAAGGCCAAAACAAGCUUGCCACUACUCUUAAUCAGGACGAAGCUGUUGCCCGCGGGUGUGCACUUCAGUGUGCUAUUAUCUCUCCUGUAUUCAAGGUGCGUGAGUUUGCUACCCAGGAAUGGAAUGGAUAUCCAAUUGAGCUUCAAUGGGAUCCCUCUCAAGCCCCUCCUCCCAAGAAAAGUGGCGAGCCUGUUACUACUUCUAUGGAGGCAUUUGCUCUUGGAAAUGCCAUUCCUAGCUCCAAGAUCAUGACUUUUGUUCGUGCCAUUAAAGAUGAAGAGCUCGACCCUCAAGACGAAACGGUCAGUCUUGAGAUUCGUGGUGAGUAUGGUGCUGCUGCUCUGGCACGCGAUUUCCCCAUGGGUGUAGGCGCCAACAUUGGCACAUGGACCAUCAAGGGGAUCAAAAAAUAUCCUUCGUGCGUAGCCAAAGAUGGUUCUGCCAAGGCCACCAUCAAGGUCAAGGCCAAGUUGGAUAUCAACUGCCAGAUUGUUCUUGAGGCUGCCAACCAGAUUGAAGAGCUUGUUAUCCCCAUUGAUGAAUCUGAAAAGAUAGAUGCUGCUACGGUCGUAUCCCCCACAGGCGAUGCCAUGGAUGCUGAUGUAUCCGUCACCACUGAAAUUUCCAAGAGUGGCAAAACUAAAAAGGUAAUCAAGCGACACGACCUGGUCGUCAUCCCACACACUCACUCCGCAUCUGUUGAACAAAUUGCCAAAUGGACUGCUGCUGAAGGCCAGAUGUAUGCAUCAGAUCGCCUUGUUAUUGAUACUGCUGAAAAACGCAACACUCUUGAGGAGUAUGUCUAUGAAGUUCGUUCCAAGCUAGAGAUGGCAUGGAGCGAAUUUGUCACGGAUGCCGAUCGUUCAGCUUUCCUUGCUCAGCUUAAUGACACAGAAUCGUGGCUGUAUGGCGAGGGCGAGGAAGCCACCAAAAGCAUUUAUGUUGAGAAGCUUAAUGAACUUAAAAAGGCUGGCGAUCCUAUUGCAUACAAGUAUCUUCAGAGCGAGGAGCGUCCCAGCGCUGAAAAGGCCUUCCGCGAGUAUGUCAAUUCUGUCGUUAUUAGUAUACAAGCCGAGGACGACCGUUACGCACAUAUUUCUAAAGAUGAUCUUGACCGUGUUCUUAACGAAUGCAAGGCCAAGCUUGACUGGCUCAAUGCUGCCAUUGGCAAGCAAAAUGAGACUCCCAAGCAUGUCGAUCUGCAUGUCACUGUUGAACAAAUUAACAUGGAGCGAAACGCUCUCCAGCAUCUAGCCACACCCAUUUUGAGCAAACCUAAGCCUGCUCCCAAAAAAGAAGAACCUAAACCUGCUGAGCCAGCUACCGAUGCAAAAGAGGAAGUUCCCGAAGCAGCCAAGGACACACCUGCUGCUGAAAACAUGGAUCUGGAUUAA